AUGACUCGUGGACCCACCAUUGUCCGAGUUGCGCCAAGUGGGAGUAGUGGGAGAGGAUUAAAGUGCUGCUGCUGUCGAUGCUGCGAAUGCAUCAACCUUGGAUACCUCACAACACAGCAUGGUGUCAUCAAAUUGGCUGAAGCCAUGCUGGGAGGGUUAUGCCAGAGUUUACUGGUAAAGUACGGCAUGUCAGAAGCUAGUACUAUGGGAUCUGCCUUCCAUGGGUUCCUCACGACCGCAUCGGCUUGUCUCCUGACCACGGCUCUACUCAUAGCUUGCUACGUGCUAUCAUCUAAUUCGCAACAGCUUAUACGCCAGUCGAUAUUUGAAUGUGUUUUUAAUUCAGUGGCGUGCUUCAUGUAUUUGUCUGCCUCCUCAUACAUGGGUGUUGCUGUGAACAUAUAUUUGUAUCCAAGAUAUUCCAUAAUCAGUAUGUACUCAGCGUAUCCUGCGAUGACUGCCGUUUAUUACAUUGGUGUGAUAGUCGGUAUUCUUCAUGGAACCGACGCGUACAUAUCUUAUAAGUACCACAAAGGCAUUCGA